UCGGUCCCUUACCGCUUCUUAGCACCAUGCAGGGGUUCAGCGCCGCGCCGACCGGCGCCUUCCUCCUCCUCCUCUUCAGCCUCCUCAGCCCGCUGCUGGUGCCGGCGGGGGCCGAGCAGGAGCUGGAGCCCAGCAGCCGCCUGGCGACGGCGGCGGCGCGGGUGGCCCUGCACUACCUCAACUUCCAGGCGGGCUCCCCCGGGGCGCUGCAGCAGCUGGGGCAGAUCCGCAAGGCCACGCUGAAGAACAUCCCAGACUCCGAUCCCAAGUAUUACCUGCGAUUCACUACCAAAGACUACCAGAGCGGGGAAACUUCCGGGACAUGCUUUGCUACAGUGCUGUAUCCCAAGACAAAGUCUGCGCCUGUUGUCACUAUCAAGUGCAUGAAUACCAAAGACCAGAAGCAAAUCGAGGAAGAGGACAAUAGACUUUACCAAAAAAUAAGGCACCAAACCAAACCAAUAACUGGAAACAAUAUUCCAGACAGCUAUGGCAAUAUUGAACCUGCCCUGGAGCCAGUGUGGGCUUUGGCUGUCGCUGGCAGCAGUUACAUCAUGUGGGAAAAGUCAACAGAGAACUUGAGUUACUUCAUGGCACAAGUCAAGUCUGUGAAACAGUGGAUAAGGAAAGAUGAUUAUAUUGAGUUUGACUACACUGUCCUACUCCAUGAAAUUCCAACACAGGAAAUUAUCUCAUGUCACAUGCGCCUCACUUGGCUUCCUGGUCACCCUCUGAAAGUGAAAUACUUCUGUGCUUCAGACGAUCAGGGGCUCAAAGAUGGAUCUGGAAUGGAAUCUGGAUCAGCUGCUGAGAUUUUACCUGAAAGGGGAGCAAAUUUUUAAAGAGAUUGUGACCUUUAUGUAUAUGUAUUAAAUGAGAAAAUCCUUGCGUUAAUAGACCUGGAGUCAUGAUAAUUUUUCUAUACAAGUCAAACAGUGAAUUGGAAUGCUUUCACUAGUCUGUCUUGUUCCAAAAUUAAUUCCUCUGAUUUCUUAAACUGUAAGUCUCAUGUUAUACAGUUCUACCUACAAACUUUGCUACUACAUAUCUACACAGAUAAACAUACACAAGUUGAUUUUCUGUCAUUAACUUACUGUUACUUAGAGUAAGAUAGUUUGUAAACAAAGUUAAUAUAUUUGGAUACAAAUCUUGAGAAAAGUAUUAAUCUGUCAGUAAGAAAUAUUUGUCUACUAAGUUUUUUUUAUUCUAUUUUUUGGGAUAGACAAAGGCUGCUUUUCAACUUACAUCUCCAAUAAAACAAAUACCGUUAUGCUGGUU